CGCCUGGAAGCUAUAUGGAAGAAAAGAGAUGCUCUCAAGGAUGCGACCAAUACCAUCCUGAUCCAAGACGACGGCCAAGGGGAUGAGGGUCCUUCUAAAAAAAGAAGGAUCGAUGUGGAAAUAGCUUACCAAAACGCAAGCAUUAGGAACGCUAAACGUGACGAAUUCCUCUCUCGACCCAAUAAGCCAUUACCUGAACUUCUUCGAGCUUAUUUGGCGAAAA